UUGUUUGAUGAUUGAUCUAUCUUCAUCUACUUCUUCCUCUUCAAGCGCCGUUCCAUUGAAUUCUAUCCCUGUCUUCAACAGCUUCGCUCCGCCCAAAUUAAACAUACACCUAAACUAAUGGUCUCUACUUCUGCGCUUUCUCUCUCUUCUCAUCUAGAGAUUAGUUUCGCUUUUAGAAGCAAACACACAACUCAGCUAUGGACCCUCAGCUCCACCAACAGCUCUUCGCUAAGGCGCAGCCGCCAUUUUACUCUAGUUACCUUCAAUUCCGAACCAUUAAGCUCUAGAAAAUUCGAAAUCAGAGCGGCGGCGGCCGGCGGAGGCAGUUCCAGGCGUACCGGUAGUUCUCGUAGGGUUUACCAGGAGUCUCAAGCGCAAACUCCCAUUGCUCCGGUCACACAAGCUGCUUCCUACAUUCUGCCUGCAGGCGCAUUCGUAAUCGCCACUUUUGUUUUAUGGAAAUUGGUGGAGAAAAUUCUAGUGCCAAAAUCGGCUAAGUCUGUAGCCGAAGAGGAUAAGCCUGCCUCUGGGGAGAAGUGGUCUUUCUCUCAGGGGAUAAACUUUUUGUCACCUUCUGGUGCCAAAGUUGAAAGGGAAUCCAGAAUGCGGUUAAAUGAUUUUGCCAGGGAGCUUAGAUCAUUUAGCAGCAUUGACAUGUCAGGUCGCAACUUUGGAGAUGAAGGGUUAUUCUUCCUAGCUGAGAGCUUGGCGUAUAAUCAAACUGCAGAAGAAGUGAGUUUUGCUGCAAAUGGGAUUACUGCUAAAGGAAUAAUGGCUUUUGAUGGGAUAUUACAGUCAAAUAUUGCUUUGAAAUCUCUCAACUUAUCAGGAAACUCUAUUGGAGAUGAAGGAGUGAAGUGUUUAUGUGACAUUCUGGUGAAAAAUUCUGGUAUUCAGAAGCUACAACUUAGUAGCAGUGCAUUUGGAGAUGAGGGAGCAAAAGCUAUUGCUGAGAUGUUGAAGAAAAAUUCGACCUUGCGUAUCAUUGAACUUAAUAACAAUCUAAUUGACUACUCUGGAUUUUCAAGCCUUGCUGGAGCGCUUCUUGAGAACAAGACUAUACUGUCUAUAUACCUCAAUGGUAAUUAUGGCGGUCCCCUAGGUGCAUCUGCACUGGCGAAAGGUCUGGAGGGAAACAAAUCCUUGAGGGAACUCUAUUUGCAAGGGAACUCUUUUGGAGACGAAGGUGUCAUUGCUCUAAUGUCUGGCUUGUCUUCUCAUAAAGGGAAGCUUACCGUCUUGGAUCUUGCAAAUAAUUCGAUUGGUGCACGUGGAGCCUCUCAUGUUGCUGAAUAUAUAAAAAAGAGCAAGAGUUUGCUGCUGAUUAACCUUUACAUGAAUGAUAUUGGGGAUGAGGGAGCUGAAAAAGUAGCAGAGGCUUUGAAGGAUAAUCGUUCAGUUACAAAUGUUGAUCUAGGCGGAAAUGACAUCCACGCCAAAGGGAUCAGUGCAAUUGCUCGUGUUCUGAAAGAUAAUUCUGUUAUUUCUGCUUUGGAAAUCGGUUAUAAUCCAAUUGGCCCUGAUGGUGCAAAGGCUUUAGCUGAAGUUCUUAAGUUUCACGGGAAUGUAAAAGACCUCAUGCUUGGUUGGUGUCAGAUAGGUGCAACUGGAGCCGAAGAUAUUGCAGAUAUGCUGAGAUACAAUAGCACCAUUUCAAGUCUAGAUCUCCGAGCCAACGGGCUCCGAGAUGAGGGCGCCAUAUGCCUUGCUCGCAGCUUGAAAGUCGUGAACGAAUCUUUGGUGUCGCUCAAUCUUGGCUUCAAUGAAAUCAGAGAUGAAGGGGCUUUUGCCAUUGCUCAAGCGCUCAAGUCGAACGAAGAUGUAAGGCUCACAUCAUUAAAUCUCAUGAACAAUUUCCUUACCAAAUUGGGACAGAGUGCAAUCACAGAUGCAAGCGAUCAUGUAUUCGAGAUGAAUGAGAAGGAGCUUACUAUUGUUUUCUAGAUAGGAACAUAUAAUUCUUUUUCCUUUUUUUUUUUUUUUGAGGUUUCCAUUUGGCGAUGGUCUUAAGAGAUUAAUCCAUAUUAGAUAAUACCUUUUCGACAGAAUUAACUGGGAUUAUUUCAGUAGGGGAAACUAUAAAUUUUGACCACUUUAUAUCAUUUUAUUUUUGAUUU